GCCGCUCGACCAAUGGCGUGCGAGAGGUUUGAAGCGACGCUUUGCUCGGCCAAUCGGAGUCAGGCAUUUGAUUCGCUCGCCGGUGUGCGCCAUUAAAUUACGUUUUCCAGCAGUUUCGACCUGGUGGCAACGCGGGCUGUCGAAGACGACUGAAAGGGCCGAAACCCCGGUGCAACAAUGGUGAAGCUAUUCAUCGGAAACCUGACCGAAGAGACGAGCAGGGACGAAAUCGAAGCUCUGUUCACGCCGUACGGGACCGUGACGGAAUGCGCCAAGUACAAAAAUUACGCCUUCGUCCACAUGGACGACCGCAAGGCGGCCACGAAAGCCAUCCGCGAGCUCAAUCUCUACCAGCUGAACGGCAGACCCAUGAACGUGGAGCCCAGCCGAGGGAACAACCAGGGCCCGGUCAAGAUCCACAUCGCCAACGUGGAAAGGGGCUGUGACAAAGAGCUGAGAGAGCUGUUCGAAGAAUACGGCACGGUCACGGAGUGCGCCAUCGUCAAGAAUUUUGCUUUUGUGCACAUGGCCAACUCCGAAGAAGCCAUGGAUGCCAUCAAGGGCCUGGACAACACCAGCUUUCAAGGACAAAACAUCCACGUUCAGCUGUCGAAAAGCAAGCCGGCGUGGGCUUCGGGGGAGGAGGAGUUCGGUCCGCCGCCCCCUCCGCCCGGCCGCGGAGGUUUCUACCCUCCGCACCCCCGCUUCCACCCGGAGCCCCCCUUCGGGGGUCGUAUGUCCUCCUACCCGCCUCCGCCCCCGCCGCCGCCGCCUCCGCGACGACACAUGUACCCGGACCGCGGCUACGGCGAGCGCGAAGGGUUCGGCGUGGUGGAUUAUUAUGAGAAAUUCCGAGCCCGCCCCUACGGCGCUCCCAAUUUCGAAGACAGGCGGCCCGGGGCCAUCCCCCCGCCGCCCCCGCCCCCUCCCCCUUCGGCGAUGGGAAGAGAUCGCGCGGGGAUGGGUUCCCACGAACCGUUCGACCGACGGCCCGCCCCCCACCCCCCCGCGCCCUUCAUGCCCCGAGACCGCAGUCCCAUCAGGCGAGCCCCCCACCCGCCCCCUCCCGCCGCCCCGGCGGCCGGGAACGGCUACUCGUACGAGCGCACCCGCUUCAACCCGCAGAUGAAACCUCAGCAGUACGCGCCGCCCUUCCCCAGGAACAACUUUGCGCAAAGCGGCCCGGUCCCGGCGCCGCCCCAGCCCAACUACGGCGGCGCCUACCAGGCCCACGGAGUGUAAGCCGCAGGUUUAGAAUAUGUCAAGAACGCCGUCUGCUGAUGCGCAUGGUGCUAUACGCCCCCCCCCGCUCCCGCACGUCUUUGGUGGAUUGCGUUGCGUUCGCCGGAGACUUACUGGAAGAUACCGUAUUGCGGACGGCGACGUUCUUAGGCAGAGAAAACAAAACAAAACAUGCGAUUUCCUUGUUGCAUUCACGUCUAUUUCUGAGCUGUCAAUGCCUUUUCUCUUCCUGUUUGUAUUACUCGAUUUUUCUUUGGGUUUCAGUGCUUAGUUCGCUUGUGACGCAAUUACGACGAUGCUUUUUUUCCCAAUAUUUUUCAAGUGAUUAUGGCGUCUUUCAGUCUUUGUUAACGAGUAUUGUAGUUUUGUGUAGACUGACUUUGGUUGCCCGAUUAAGUUUAAAAAAAAAAAAAAAAAAAUCGUCAGGGUGUUUCUCUUAAAGAUAUUCGAGCUGUAAGGCGGUUGGGGAAAAAAAAAAAAAAAUCGUGUUACUUGUCCGACCUGUACGCAUGUAAAAUCCAAAUAUUAGUUUUCUCUAAAUGCUUUGUUCGUGUUUUUAUUUUGCUUCCGCUCGGUCAUUUAGCAACGUUGUGUAUGGUUUUACUCCGCUUCCCCAGCCCUCGUUUGAAGGAUUUUUAAUAAACAGAUGAACAAAAAAAAAAAAAACCAGAAAACGUGGCAAUUUUUUAACUGUCAAGUCAUCGAUUGGCCGUCGCAAGCACAGAUCAUAACGGUGGCGUGGAGACCCUUUCGUGAGCCGUCCUCAUCGCUUUGCGGCUCCCCCGGGUAGGUGUGGUCGUCCCCCGAUGCCGACUCGGACAUUUUGCUGAAACUCCGUUUUGGCGCUUCAAAAAAACCCAAAACAAAAGCAUGCGUCUUAGAAGGGGGCAGCUACGAACAAAUCAACAGGCCCGAUUUCUCGCCAUUUAGUCGGUCUUGCAAAAUUUUGAUGUGGGAUCGAUGAAACCCUCUAUGGAUUUAUGUUUUCCUUUUCUCAGUCUUUGCUGUUUUUAGGCUCUUAAGAGUCUCCGGGAGAUGCCGAGCCCACGGCCGUCGACUCCUGACAACCGGCGGUCUUGACUUUCUGAGCGCCGCGCGCCGCAGACCAAUUGGAGCCCGACGACCUCGCAACUGAAGUUUUGGAAGAGCCGAUUUUUGGGCCGGGAGACGUUCUGCACUCAGGGACGCUACUGACGCUAAAACAUUUCUUCAAGUUUUUACAUGCAAUUUAUCACAGCAAUGUGCCCUUUUUAUGUAAAAUAUCUGCGAAAAACUAUUUUGUCACUUUUUUUUUUUUUUUUUUUAAAUAGACAAGUUCAUCUGUUUAAUAAUAAUGUGCCUCUCUGACAGCGUGAAUGAAAUGCCAAACCAUGUCUGACCCGCAUCUCUGAAAUUUGAUGAACAUUCCAAAUACAAAAUGUUUUAUUUAAUCAGCUGGACAAGAUGGAUGGACAUUUUAAACUUUAAUAAAGUUGUUUUUGUACGGUU